AUGUCCGCAGAUUUUUGGGCAGGCUACCUCAGCGGUGCGGCCGGUAUCUUGAUUGGCAAUCCCCUAGACCUGCUGAAAACGCGCCACCAAGCAGAUACUAUCCCGGCGGCAACAGCGACCACAUCGCCGCAGACCCUGGCCGGUCAGUUUGACCGAGCUGGCACUCUUGUCAAAGGCGCCACGGCGCCCAUUCUAGGCUAUGGAGCCCUCAAUGCCAUCCUGUUCAUGACUUACAACCGCACUUUAGUGCUUCUGGGAGAUGAGCCAUCGGUACCGGCCAGCUUGCUCAAGGUUUGGAGUGCAGGAGCUCUGGGAGGUCUCGCGACGUUUGUAGUAUCAGCCCCUACGGAGCUCGUGAAAUGCCGAGCCCAAGUCUCUCAAAGCUCUGCAAGUUCGUGGUCGAUAGCGAGAGAUGUAUGGAAGCACGAGGGCGUGAAGGGGCUGUAUCACGGCGGUGUGAUUACUAGCAUAAGGGAUGCGGUGGGCUAUGGCUUCUACUUCUGGUCCUACGAGCUGUGCAAGCAGGCUUGGGCCUCGUCAGAAGACUCAGAUAGAGAGACAGCAACAAAGAUCAUGCUCUGCGGCGGCUUAGCCGGCAUUGUCACGUGGACUUCUAUAUUUCCAUUAGACGUCAUAAAAACGAGAGUACAGACUGCAUCCUUAGAACGCCUGCCAGAGGAGGCUAGCCUUCUGCGUGAUAGUCAAGCGGCGCUCAGAGCCGAAGACGGUCGCCGAGUGGGAGCUCUCGAAGUUGCCAGGCGCGCCUACCACAACGAGGGAAUCGGCGUGUUUUUCAGGGGCCUUGGGAUCUGUAACGUCAGGGCAUUCAUUGUCAACGCCGUGCAAUGGACUGUGUAUGAGUGGAUGAUGCAAGCGAUACGAGGAAGGGGGGUAAAAGGUCUCCGUUUAGAUUCCUAG